AUGGCAUCAUCCGCUGCACCUGCCCCUGCCCCUAGCUUUGAGUUUGGUCAUGACAUUGAUGAUGAUUCGGAUCCUGUUUUUCCACCCGGCUUUGAUCCCGAUCAUGACAUUGAGUUUAUUCAUUUAGAUCAGCCCAUGGAGGAUCCCGUAGCCCCUGUCGAUCUUGUGUUUGCUGAUCCCGCUGACUUUGACAUGGAGUUUGUUGAUCCGAAGCCUGCUGUGGCCCUUGAGCCAGUUGUCGAUGCACCUGCUGUUGCUCCUUUGGUUGAUGAUUUACCUGUUGACGAUCAUCCUGUUGUUGCUCCACUGUUGGAGGAUGAUCAUGCUGCUCAUAUUGAUGCUCCUCAUGUUGCUGAGAUUCCUGCUGAUCCUGUUGUUGCCCCUCUUCCUGAUCCUGUACCUGUGCAGUUCGAUCACGCACCUUUCGCAACCCAUAUUGAUCCACGAUAUGCUCACACCCACAAUGGGUGGAUAGACGAUGAUGAUGAUUUCCCACCUUUCGUGGUACCUGUUACACCACCUGUAGCCCCUGCUUCAGCUCCUAUUGAUGCACCUUUGUUUCCCGCACACGUCACAGAUGCGCAUCACGCAGACCUUCCUGUUACAUUUCUCCAGGACAUCCCUCCGCCACGUCCUGGAGAGGGCUCAUCUCGUCAACCUUUUGGUCAUACACCUUUCAUGACAGGAGGAGAUCAGUUUGUACCUCCGAUUCCUCAUCAUACUUUUGUUCCCCCUGUUACCCCAUCUGCUAUACCAUCCUUCGCUCCAUCUAGUGAGCCGUUCCUCUGGACUUCGCCACCCAUUAUGCCACCAUCUGAUCCUUAUCAUCCUUACCACAUGGGGCGAUGUGGCCCUUAG